UCCCUUUUCACAAACAUGGCGUAGCGAGAACCCCAUCACGAAUUUUGUUUGCUGUUGUUGACUCGGUCAACUUAAUGAAAUUCGUAUUGAAAAUUCAAGAUUCUAUGUCAUCUGAAAAUCUAGCGAUGUCGACAAAAAGAUUUGCUUCUCAUUCUGACGAAGAAAUUUUGAGAAGAAAUUUUGAGAAAACGACGGUAGUCCCAGUUAAUACGAAGAAGGGGAAUAACAACGCAGCUGCAUUAUUGAGAGAAUACCUGCGGGAAAAAGAAGAAGAUGCAAGAUUUGAAUCAUUUGAUUCACACAGGUUGGCUGAAGUGUUGUGUCAUUUCUAUGUUGAUGUGAGGAUGCAAACAGGUGAACUUUAUAAGGUAACAACACUUGAAUCGAUAAGGUAUGGACUUAAUCGGUAUUUGAAAUCCCCACCACAUCUGAAGAAAUUCGACAUCAUCAAAGAUACUGAAUUCAUUGACGCAAAUGAGAGCUUCAAGACCAUGACACUGGAAGCUAAAGCCGAGGGAAAGGGUGACGUUGAACAUAAGAAAGAAAUACUUUCUUUGGAUCUACAGAAGCUUUACAGCAGUGUUCACAUGGAUUGCAAGACACCAAGUGGACUAGCCAACAAAGUGCAGUUUGACAUUCGUUUCUACUUUUUUCGGAGGGGGGCAAAAAAUAUGGAGUCAAUGACAAAAGACACUUUUGAAGUGGCUGUCGAUCCCUCUAAUGGAAUACGUUUCAUUAGGCAGGGACUUUGGGAGCUAACUAAAAACCAUAGUGAGGAUAGGGAGUCAUAUGGUGCUUGCAUGCCUGAAAUUCCAAACAGUGAAUUGUGCCCUGUUUCCUCCUAUUUGAAAUACAUCGAGAAACUGAAUCCAGAUUUAAAUCGACUGUGGCAAUAUCCCAAGGACAGUUUCACUGCUGAGGACAACGUCUGGUAUACCAAGAAACCACUUGGAAAGAACACCCUGGCAAAGUUCAUGUCAACCUUGAGUGCCAGCUGCAAUCUAUCCACGGUGUACACAAAUCACUGUGUACGAGUCACAGGAGCUACCAUACUCACGCGCUGCAACUAUUCGUCCUCUCAGUUCAUGAGCUUGACUGGCCAUAAGAGUGUCCAGUCGCUUGCCAUAUACCAGCAAACAUCCAAUGAAGAAAAAUUUGAUAUUGGAAGCACCCUCACCUCUGCAGUUACUGAUGAGAAGCCUAUUCUUGCCUGGCAACCGACUCCUGUGAAUCCUUCCUUGCCACCGACUCCUGUGAUUCUUGCCUGGCCACCGACUCCUGUGAAUCCUGCUUGGCCAUCGACUUCUGUGAAUCCUGCAUUGCCACCGACUCCUGUGAAUCCUGCAUUGCCACCGACUCUUGUGAAUCCUGCCUGGCCACCAACUCCUGUGAAUCCUGCCUGGCCAUCGACUCCUGUGAAUCCUGCCUUGCCACCGACUCCUGUGAAUCCUGCCUUGCCACCGACUCCUGUGAAUCCUGCCUGGCCACCGACUCCUGUGAAUCCUGCCUGGCCAUCGACUCCUGUGAAUCCUGCCUUGCCACCGACUCUUGUGAAUCCUGCCUUGCCACCGACUCCUGUGAAUCCUGCCUGGCCACCAACUCCUGUGAAUCCGGCGUCGCUGCCUUCAUCACUGACGACGUCUGUGCUGCCCAGUACUGAUUUGUCCUGUAAAACCUCUGACAACAUGGCUGACGAAUUAGGAAAAAUUGUUCGUCCACAGAGUCCGACAAGGACCUGCAGCAUCAACCCGGUUGACAAGAGUCACAUUGGACUCAUUUUGAGUGAAUCAAGAGUCACAGAAAAGUCGUGUGAGAGACUCCUGAGUGUCAGAGCUAAUGAAAUUGUGUGUGCACUGUCCUCCAAAACUAUAUACCUGUCCAACUCAGGACAAGUCAUAUCGAACAUUGAUCUGCCAUACUACUGGUGUAACUUCUGUACCUUCAAGACGGAGGAGAAACACCAGCUGUUGACUCACCUGAUGGAUCAUCGCUUCUCCUGCCAGUAUUGUGUGUUCCAGACCUUCUCUCGUGUUGAUGUUGUUCGACAUACUGUGCAGGAGCACUCAGAGUUCGACGGCAGUGAUCUCAAGGUCUGUGUUCUACUGCCCGACCUCUUGAAACAUGGUCUCAACCAAAGCAAUGACAUGUCAAAAAAAUCUCCAAAAGAUAACGCAAAAUCAAACUCAGAAUCUGAACUUGAAACUAAAUCACCAGAUUCAAAAAGGAAGAGGAUAGGGUCCGCGGAUGAAGAUGAGGCAAAGAAGAAUAAAGUUGAAGGUCCUGCAAAGAGAGGUCGCACUAAAAGUAGACGUGGGAGAUCGCGUAGAUACGUUUCCUCUCCCCAAAGUAAACAUGAAUCUGAACAUAAUGUUAAAACCGGAAGUGAAGAAGAGAACAAAGUGACAGAGAGAAUGACACGGUCUUCACCAAAGUUGGUUAAAAAAGAACGAAUGCCAGGCGUGUGCUUUGAGUGCAGUGUUUGUAAAUUUAGGACUUUUAAAAAGGCAAUCUUGGGAAAACACACAGAACUUGAACAUGAUAUAGCACGGCCGAAGUUUGCCUUAAAGAUUGUUACCCUGUCACAAGCUCAAGAAAUUGAUGCAAGUGAUGAGAAGAAUAAAGGUAUUUUGAAGGACACAGUUCCAUCGUCCCCUAAUGUGAAAAGAAAAACUGAAAAGAGAAAAGGAAGAAGUGCACCUUUGCCAGAGCCUGAACCUAGUAAGAAAGAUACAGAGGAAGAAGAAGAAGAAGAGGAAGUUAAUGACGCUGUUGUUGAAAUGGAUUAUGCUGAGGAAGAUGAUGAAGAUGAGAAUGAGAAUGCUGAAGUAGAUGAAGAAACCAACAAGGACCAUGAACCUGACAUGAAGUCCAUAACAGAGGAAAACAAUCCUGUCCUGAGCGAUCCUACAAAGACUGUAGCGGUUGUUAACCCAAGCACCUAUACAUGCUUGUUGUGUUCAACAAUUCAUGACUCCACUUUCUCAGCUGUAAAGAACCAUUACUUAGAUGGUCAUCCUGGAGGAACAUUGGUGAUGGGGGAAGUUACAGCAGGCAGUAGUGUUGUGCAGUGGAUCUACUUCUGUGUCGGCACCAAUUGUAUAUUUAACACCACUAAUCCAGUGUCCUGGAUGGAACAUUCUCGGAUGUGCCAAAGAGAAGCUUAUGAGACCCCAAAUCUUAGUAACAGUCAACAUGCAAGUGUGAAAAACACGGUGAAUGCCGUGAAGGAGAACAUGAUGCUGACCAAUCAAACUCAGCCUUGUCCAGAAGAUGCAGGAAAGUCUUUGAAUGCUUCUGCUCCUCAAGGUUAUGGUUCCUCUGUGCAUAUCAAAACUGAACCAAAAUCACCUACCACCAUCUAUGUUUAUGAAUCUGCUCCAGCCUGUGACAAGGAGGGUGAAAUGUUUCAAGACCAACAGCAACCUGUACAACCAGUUCAAGGAUCCUUAGUUACAGAUUCUGUGUCCUCCUCAUCUUCAUCGUCAGCUCAAGCUGUGUCCACGUCUGUGCCAGUUGCUGUUGUACCAAUUAAAGAUCCUCAGUCCCAAAAUGCAGCAGACACAGUGAAGAGGAGGAUGAACAGUCAACUUGCAUCUUCUGCAGUUAGUUCAACUAGCACAGAUAAGUCCAACAGCAACACCAGGACCUCAGCAACCAACAGCAGCAGCCCCUCUGCAAUCCAAAGCAGUAAUACUUCAGUUAACAGCAACAACAGCACCUCUUUGCCUAGCAACAACAGAAACAACAGUAGCCCUAAAGCACUGUAUGAAAAGGAGCAAACAACACGCACAAGGUCCCCCAAUCCUUCCAAUCUGCCAUCAGGCAAGACAUCAGGUUCUUCCUCGAAAGAAAAGUCUCAAAAAACAUCUGAAGGCUCUGAGACUCAAUUUGAUGUUGAAAAGAAAGGAAAUUACAAGUGUGCGCAUUGUCGGUUUUUGGCCACAAAGGCCCUUGAGGUCCGAGUUCAUAUGUUGGAGAGACACAAAAUGAACCCACUGUAUGGUCUAGACAUGCUUGCCGAGGAGUGCAAGGUGGCACGGUUUAUGCUUUUCUGUCCAAAGGGCCAAUGCACAUUUUGUACAAAAGAUAAAGACUUCUUUCUGAAGCAUUUGGAUAAGUGUUCAAGUGUUGACGAUGCCCGGAACUUCACUGAUGAAUACAAGAGGAGACUGGAGAUCACAAGAAACUUUGCUUUAUCGACGCUUAAGAAGCUCCAAAUGCUAACACAGUGAUGGGCAAAAGCAGCUGUGUUCCAAGUCUCUUCUGUUCUGGAAUUGAUGCCAGUCAAUAUGGAACUGUGACCUGUACAAUACCAUUUGUAAAUUCAAAGACUCAACUUGGCCACAAUAUCUUGAUCCUUUUAUGGAUCUGAAAGAUUUAUAUCAAUGUCAGGGCUCCAGAUAAAGGCCGUAUCGGCGUAUGUACAGAUAAAAAAUAUGCACGAUACGAUAGGAAAUAAUUUAGGAAACGCAGCAGAUAAUCGCAC